AUACACACAGCAAGUGAAGAGUGUCUUCUUUUAGCUACUGCAUGUGUAUAUCUGAUUAUAGUAGUUUCAUUUGAAAUACACUGCUUCGUUUAACCUAGUCAAUGCAAACUAGUCAAUCAAAGCGGUACUAGCCUCGAGCAGAUUGCAGGUCCAGUGUGGUUUGUGUAGUGCUCUUUGGAAAGCAGCGUGCACAACGGGUUUCACUAUCAAUCAGAGGAAUACAUAUUGGCACGACAUGGGCUAUUUACUGUAGGUUAAAGUCUGUUUGACCAAACAAGGACUCAAAGCCACGAGGUUCGGCUCCAGUUGAGAGGAGACAAUUAUCCCAAGCGAUUUCGAAUGGUCCCACCUGAUCUUGCUGCCUCAUGCCAGCCUUUCAUCUUUGAGGACAUCUUGACAAUAUAGUAAUCCAGCUUUGACUUGGCCCAAACGAGUAAAAUGGUACUGUGUGACAGCAAAGUGUGCUAUAUACAGUGGAUUGUCUAUGUCCCCACGUUCAUGGUGGGUCUUCCCCUCAACCUGGCCGCUCUGUGGCUCCUCCUCUUCAGGAUGCGUCGAUGGACUGAGUCCACGGUGUACCUCAGCAGUCUGAUCAUCAACGACAGCCUUCUCAUCUUCUCUCUGCCCUUCAAGAUGUACGCCUAUGAACACAACUGGGGCUUGAGCAUGGGAUUCUGCACCUUCCUGGAGAGCCUGGUGUUCGUCAACAUCUAUGGGAGCAUCAUACUGAUCGUGUGCAUCUCUGGCGACCGCUAUGUUUAUUUGCGAUUUCCAAUCAAUGGCAAGCGUCUGCACUCACCACGGAAGGCUGCCCUGGUAUGCCUGGCCGUGUGGGUGAUGGUUUUCGCUUUCACCACACCCGUCUAUGAGCUCCACAACAAAAACAACAACGACACCAGAAUGCACAAAGGCAACGAAACCAAGUGUUUCCAGAAGUUCUCCAGUGAAACCUGGAAGAAGAAAUGGAUCAUCAUCGCCAUAGAGACAGUGUUCUCAAUCAGCACGGUUGCCAUGGUGUUCUUCUCGGUGCGCGUGAUGCAGAUCCUGAGUGGCAUGCGGCGACUGAACCCGCUGGACGAUAAGCUGAGGAACAACAAGUCUGUGAAAAUCGUCCUGAGCAACCUGGUGGCCUUCCUGCUGUGCUUCAUCCCCUACCACGUGGCCGCAGUCAUCUACUUCCUGGCCAAGAACCGCACGGAGGACCCGAACGUCAUCAACCCCCUCAGAGACUUCGUCCAUAUCAGCAUGUGUCUGGGCAGCAUCAACUGUCUGACGGACGGGGUCUGCUACUACUUCAUCCUGAAGGAGAACCUGCUGACUGCCAGCAAGGAGAGGAGGAGGAUGUCCACUAGAGGAAACGCAGUGGCGAGGCUCAGGGAAAUCAACCAGCAUCCAAUGGACAACAUCAAGGUCAAGGAACCUGGAGAGACAGGAUCAGACACCCAGGUCAAUGGAGAUCAAUUGGACUUGCUAGAUAGAUGUGGCUUAUCCCCUCUUGGUGCCUGCAGAGUAGAGAGCAGGGUGGAGACAUUUCCCCUGUAGAUGGAUGGCUAUCACCUCUACCUGGGAAAUGGAAAACUCAGAUCCCCACAGCAGACAGAGGAGACAAGUUGCUCGAAGAUUUAAUAAAUGGCCAGCACUUGGAAUAAAUGUUUUUAAAUCAA